CGUUGUUGAGGACAGGGCUGGAGUUUUGACAGAGGAACCAGUCCAGAUCAAGCGAAGGCGGGGUUAAAGAAGACAAAACAAGGAAUUUCCUGGUGAGCUACGACAACACAGGAAGAUGAAUGUGGGCGUCGCUCACAGCGAGGUAAACCCCAACACGCGGGUGAUGAACAGCAGAGGGAUAUGGCUCACCUAUCUGCUGCUCACUGUCGUGUUGCACAUCGUCCUGCUCAGCAUCCCUUUCUUCACUGUCCCGCUGGUCUGGACACUAACGAACGUCAUCCACAAUCUGGUGAUGUACCUGUUUCUGCACACAGUGAAGGGCACUCCCUUUGAAACACCAGACCAAGGCAAAGCCCGUCUGCUCACACACUGGGAACAGAUGGAUUACGGCGUCCAGUUCACGUCUUCACGUAAAUUUCUUACCAUCUCACCAAUUGUUCUAUAUAUUCUUGCAAGUUUCUACACAAAAUACGAUCGUACGCAUUUCCUCAUCAACACGUGCUCGCUCCUUAGCGUCCUCCUCCCAAAGCUGCCUCAGUUUCAUGGAGUACGGAUAUUUGGGAUCAACAAGUACUGACAGAACACUGGAUUUUAACCAUCAACACUGGACUGUUUCAAUUUUAGAGGCUGCAAAAGAAGGAAAUCUGUUUAAAUGGUCUGAACAUGUACACAUUGUUUGGAGUAUUACAUGAAAGUUGCUUGCAGCCUGGUGAAAGUAAAUGCACUGCUGCUGUUUCAUCAAAGUAAAUGAUGACAUUCCCGAUGUAAAGGCCAGACAUGUUUGCUCUUGUCUUGGAGAAAGAGCAUAUUUAUAACUGCACUGCUUUCACAUGUAGCUUUUCUACAGAUGUUGGUUGUUGUCAUGAAUGUAAAUGAAUAUUUUUGAUUCAUGUCGCAAAUGGCACUUGAAAGUUUUCUUUUUCUUAAUUUACUAUGAAGGAUUAACAUGCAGCAUGCAUUUACGUGCCCAUAAUAAUAAAAAAUAAACAUUUUGCCAUGAUAAA